ACUUACGAACGAAAGUGCUUGUGAUGAGCAAAGACGAUUAAAAAGUGUCGAUAAGCCAAUAUUCUGCAGAAAUUAGCCACAAUCUUCAGGUAUCUACAAAAUAUAAUAAAUAACACCCUCGCAUGUGAGGGUACUAUGUGGUGGUGCUGUUCUUCUUCCGCUAGUUCAGGACCGAUGGCUGCGAUACGCAAAAAAUUAGUGAUCGUCGGUGACGGUGCGUGUGGUAAAACAUGCCUGCUCAUCGUAUUCAGCAAAGAUCAGUUUCCGGAAGUGUACGUGCCGACUGUGUUCGAAAACUACGUCGCCGACAUCGAGGUGGACGGCAAACAGGUUGAGCUCGCGCUGUGGGAUACGGCCGGGCAGGAAGACUACGAUAGGCUGCGGCCACUGUCAUACCCUGACACGGAUGUGAUCCUCAUGUGCUUCUCCGUGGACUCGCCCGACUCGCUCGAGAACAUACCGGAGAAGUGGACACCAGAGGUAAAGCACUUUUGCCCUAACGUGCCCAUCAUUCUAGUGGGCAACAAAAAGGAUCUGCGCAACGACCCGGCCACGAUCAACGAGCUUCGCAAGAUGAAGCAGGAGCCGGUAAAGCCGCAGGAGGGCCGAGCCAUGGCCGAGAAGAUCAACGCCUUCGCGUAUCUGGAGUGCUCUGCCAAAAGCAAGGAAGGCGUGCGCGAGGUGUUCGAGACUGCGACCCGUGCCGCAUUACAGGUCAAAAAGAAGAAGAAGACUAGGUGUUCCCUGCUGUAAUUGUGCUGUUGUCGGGAGAACUCUGAUUUAUGAAUCGUUCGCAUACUGCCUGAUAACUUUGUUUGAAACGACUCGGACUGUUAAGCAGUCGCGACGUCGGCCACACAGUGCUUCCUUCCGAUACUGACUGCUGACGCGAAGUCCGCGGCCCGCGUCGCACGCACACUCACUCAGUAUUUGUGUGGCUACUCUUUCACAAUUGGUACUUUGUAUAUUUUAUAGAUUAUCUAUAAAGAGUAAGCGUAAAUGCCUUAACAAAAGUAGUCGGGGGCAUAUGUGGACCUACCGUCUCUGGCAGGGCCACUGGAAUUUUUCAUGCUAUAAUAUCACGUUAUAUAAUCAAGUAGCAUUUCUUCUACAUAUAGAUUAUUCCUCGACCGGUGGCAUCUCACCGAGACUUGUUUAGUUCGGUAUUUUGUAUUUUAAUUUUUCAAUAAAAUAGUGGUGUAUAAAUUGUG